AUGGCGCUUCCGUCGUCGAUGUUGUUUGGUCUUUUGACAUUUGCAAAUGCUCUACAACACUACAUACUCACCAGUGGACCAGGGGCUCGACCACAAUGCUCGGCCACUGUCUCCUACAGCGAACCGACCUACACCUUUGGCUCGUUCGCGUACUCACUGAGCGAAACUGUAAGGAGCGCAACAUCUGUUCCUCGUCCGACGGCGACGACCACCUACGCACCACCAGCGACAUCGUUAACGUCGCUUAUCCCAUCCAUCUCUUACACCACGUGGGGAAGUUGGGAUCCCACUGCGACUGCAACAGCUUCAGAUACAGACAACCCGUAUGGAAAUGCAGCAUGGACAGCGCUGUGGAAGCAUGCAAACCCUCCAAACUUCACCCAAACAGGCUUAUACAGCACGACUGUGUCACCCACUCCUGUUCCUAGCAGCGAACUGAUUUUGCCUCCGCAAGACUACUUUACUGCGACGGAUUCUUACAACUUUCCUUCCGGCUUCAUGUUUGGAGUCGCAGGGUCGGCCGCACAAAUCGAAGGGGCCACAGCAGACGAAGGCAAAGCUCCGUCCUUGCUGGAUAUUGUUAUCCCGGACCCCAUGGUGAAAGACUAUACGACCAACGAGAACUACUAUCUGUACAAGCAGGACAUUGAGCGUUUGGCCGCCAUUGGCGUCAAGUACUACUCCUUCAGCAUCCCGUGGACGCGAAUUCUGCCGUUCGCGCUGCCUGGCACUCCGGUCAAUCAACAGGGGCUGCAGCAUUACUCUGAUUUGAUCGACUUCGUCCUCGAAAAGGGCAUGCUACCUGUCGUCACGCUGGUGCACUUCGACGUGCCGCUUCAGAUCUAUGGGCCCAACGUCACGGAUGCAUUCUCUCCGCCGUUGUUUGGCUACAUCAACGGCGGAGUCCAGAGCGACCUGUUUGUGGACGCAUAUGUCAACUAUGCGAAGAUCGUCAUGGCGCAUUUCGCCGACCGGGUACCUAUAUGGUUCACCUUCAAUGAACCGUUGCUGUUCUCCGCGAACGGUAAAGGUAUCUACAACCUCCUGCAGGCGCAUGCGCAAGUGUACCACUUCUACAAGGACACUAUACACGCGACGGGCAACGUGUCGAUCAAAUUAAUCGACAAUUUCGGUGUGCCACGCGACCCAUCGAACCCCGCUGACGUGUAUGCCGCCGACCAUUACAACUCGUUCCAGCUGGACACGUUUGCCAACCCGAUCCUUUUGGGGAUCGAUUACCCGGAUUCAUUCAAACAAAGCGUACCAGAUCACGUGCCCCUAACUGCCAAGGAUUUGGCCUACAUCAAGGGCACGGCAGACUUCAUAGGCCUCGACGUCUACACAGCGACCGUAGUGUCUCCACCGGUCCCGAACUCGAUCGACUCGAUCCGGCAAUGCGCAUCCAACGCAUCCAACCCGUUAUUCGCCUCCUACUGUGUCCUCCCGUCGACGUUGACCACGCAGGGCUGGAACAUCGGCUACCGGAGCCAGACCUACGUCUACAACACCCCGACGUACGCGCGAUUUUAUCUGUCGUACGUGUACAACACCUUCCGGGUGCCCAUCCUGAUCACGGAAUUCGGGUUCCCCGUCUUCGGCGAGGCGGCCAAGGAACAACUCAGCGAUCAGUUGUUUGACUCCCCUCGCAGUAACUACAACUUGGCCUUGUUGUCCGAGGUCUUGAAGUCUAUCUGGGAGGACGGCGUCCACAUCCUCGGCGCUUUUGCUUGGAGUUUCAUCGACAAUUGGGAGUACGGGUCGUUCGACGCCCAUUUUGGUCUGCAGACCGUCAACCGCACCACCCAGGAGAGACGGUACAAGAAGAGUUUCUUUGAUCUGGUCGAUUUCAUCAAUGCUCGCACUGUCCCAUCCUGCGGGAAAUAG